AAAUUAUUGAUACUUGACUUGACAUUUUGACUUUUGAGGUUAAAAACAUUUAACAUUCUUUGUUGAUAUUCAAACAACGAAUACUGCUAUUAUUUUUCAAAUAAUCCAUCAGAAAUAUGGCUAAACAUCAUCCCGAUCUUAUAUUCUGCAGAAAACAACCAGGAGUUGCUAUCGGUCGUUUAUGUGAAAAAUGCGACGGCAAAUGUGUGAUUUGCGACUCUUACGUGCGGCCAUGCACGCUGGUGCGCAUAUGCGACGAGUGUAACUAUGGUUCGUACCAGGGAAGAUGCGUUAUAUGUGGUGGACCCGGCGUCUCAGACGCGUACUAUUGUAAAGAGUGUACGAUACAGGAGAAAGAUAGAGAUGGCUGCCCAAAGAUUGUCAACUUGGGUAGCUCAAAGACAGAUCUGUUCUAUGAGAGAAAGAAAUAUGGUUUUAGGAGACACUAGCAGUAAACACGCUACAAUUUCUAAAUGACUGGGACUUGAAGUUUUGUGGUGUGUUUUAUAAGUGUAAUUGAUUCUAUGAAUAUAAAAUAAAACUUGCGAAUAUUUCUAA